ACAUCUCGGCGGCCGCUACUCGUCAACAUCAACAGCAUCAUCACGCAUCGCAGUUUCGCAAACUUUUCCGGAGUUUUCCCGUCGAAUUUCCUUCCGCCCCGCCGGAUAACCAUGGCAGGCAUGGAGGACGCGGAACUGCGCUGCCGCAUCUGCCUGGGCGUCGAGGCGAACGAGCUUAUUUCCGUGUUUUGCGUGGCGUCCACGCAGAAGAAGCUGUUGGCGCACAUGACGCUGGCCGUGGCCGGAGUUCCGAUUUCGAUGUGCGACAAAAUGCCGCAGGUCAUCUGCGACAAGUGCCUUGGCAAUUUGGACAUUGCGUACGCGUGUUGGCGGCGGUGCCGCGAGUCCUGGGGUGAUUACGUGCGCGAUCCGGCCCUGCAGGACAAGGAAGAGGACUACCGGUGCCGGAUCUGUCUGCGGUCGAACGUGGAGGAGCUCAUCUCGGUGUACUGCAUUUGCGACAGCCAGCUGUUGAAGAUCAACGAGAUGAUCAAGCAGUACGCGGGGGUUGAGGUGAAGGAGGACGAUGGCCGGCCGCAGUACACGUGCGACGGAUGUUUGAGCGAGCUGAACGUGGGGUUCGAGUUUCGGAAGGUGUGCCGGCAGUCGAACGUGAAGUUGCGCUGCGAGUUGCAGGCGAAGGAGACGAGAGGGACGCCGGUGAUUGAGUCGGACAAUGAAGAUUUGCCGGAAGCGGAUCAGGAACCCCCGCCUAGGACGGCGCUGAAGAAGAUUGCCAAGCGGCGGCAAUCGGUGAAGAUGGUGGCCAAACCGGAGCUUCCGAAGGAUACGGUGCGGAUUACCAAGUCGGACAUUCCAGAGAUUGUGCCGGGAAGGUUGAAUGCGAAGAAGAAGGUAUUUUCUUCACCUUCGGAGUUUAAGCAGUUGACGAGCCAGAUUCUGAACAAGUCCAAGGGAGCUUCUCCGCCUAAGGCGUCCGCGACGCCUUCGACCACGAAGAAGAAACCUCCGGAGUUCAACAGCUCGCUGCCUUCGUCAACGCUGGUCGCGUUCGAGAUCCGCGUCCUCACGGACAGCGAGCACUACACCCACUCGGAGGUGUCCAGCUUCAAGUGCUCGCGGUGCAACGCGCGCAAUCCGCUCAAAACCCUGGACGUGACCUGCGUCAAAUGUGCCAGCCCGUUCGACAACUACAUGCUCGUGCGACCGCACAAGGGCCAACCCAGCAUGGCGGCCUAUUGCUGUACGGAGUGCAAUUACUUCGCCAAGACGCUCACCACGAUGGUGAACCACCUGGGUUCCCACCAGCCGGUUGUUCCGGCGCGCAAAGCCAAACCAAUGGUCAUGAAAAACCUCGUCAUUCCAGUCGUGCCUAUUUCGAUGAAGGAGGAAACGGUUGAGGCGCCUGAAAACGACGAAACCGUUCCGGACCCGUUGGAGGAGGUGUUUGUUCCGGGAACCUUGAAGCGAGUCGGCGAAGAAGUCGCACAGCCAGUACAAAGUAAGAAGCAACGGAAAGAGCCCAGCGCCGAAACGAUGGACGGGUUGAUCGAGCUGAACCAGUCGAAGCCGGAGUCGACGCGAGCUGCGUCGAUAAUCGACCUGGACCUGGAUGAUCAGUUUUUCGACACCCUAUUAGAAGUGGACUUCUUCAAGGUUCAACUCCUGAAAGGUGUCCUCUGCUGCGGCUGCCAGAAGCUGUUCCCAUCCAAGGAUGCCGUGCGUCAACACCAAGCUCGCGACCACCAGGCUCGAAAACCCAGGUUGGGCGAAAUCAAGUGCGACACCUGCACGGAACCGUGCCGGACCGAACGGGACGUUCGCCAACACCAGCUGCUGGCGUCGAAAAAGAUUUUCUACUUCUGCAAAGCCUGCCCCCAGCUGCUGAUCGUCGAGCAGGACUUUGAAACCCAUCGUGCGGAACAUCACCCGACGUUGGCCGUGAAAAAGUUACCAACAACCGACGAACUACUCGUGACCAAAAGUAGUUCCCUGGACAAACCCCGGACCGUCCCCCUAAAACUGACCUCCGCCGACCCCACCCUCUUCAAACCGCUCAAAGAAACCACCCAAUUCCGGUUCCUGCUCCUCCGCGGUGAAAUUUGCUGCAAGUGUCAACUGGUCUACCCGACCGCGGAAUCCCUGCGCCUACACCUCGCCGAAGUGCAUCCUCCUUCGCAGGCACCCGCCCGGUACCGCUGUGACCGCUGCAACGGCAACUGCCGCUCGGAAGCGAAACUAACCCAGCACAGGCUUCAGGGCGCGCGCCGCUUGUACUACACGUGCAAGCUGUGCCGCGGCCGGUUGCUCGACGAGGACUUUGCGACGCACCGGAGCAAGUACCAUUCGCGGUUGGGGGCAGUGGCGGUGAAUGGGCUGGUGGAAACGAAGCUGUUGGUGGAGAAGGGUGGUUGAUCGAUGGGGGGAGUUUGAUUGUUUCAAUCCGAAGGAAAUAGUUUAAAAGGUCCGCGAACUGGUUGUGGACAGUUGCUUCGGCGAGUGGGAUCAGCUAUUGUGAACAAUACUAUGUUUGUAACAAAAAUUUUAAGUUUCGAAAGAAUAAAGCACAGGCUAACAACUAAG